CCUGGGCCCGUGCGAGGCAGACCCGGAGACCCCGCGCUGCCUGCACCUCUACCGUCUCGGUUGACAUGGAUGAUGAAGACGGAAGGUGCCUGCUAGAUGUAAUUUGUGACCCAGAAGCUCUCAAUGACUUUCUUCAUGGAUCAGAGACCCAUUUGGACACUGACGACCUUUUGGAUGGUUCGGGUGACCCCUCCAGCUCGUUCUUCUCCUCCGCUGGGGGCCAUAUUCCGGAGGUCCAGCCCGUCAUCCAGCUGUCGGUCAGUGAGCCGGCCGGACUGCCCCGGGUCAGCGUGGACCUGGACUUCCUGGAGGAUGACGACAUCCUCGGAGGCUCGCCGGGCGGCGACGGCGGCGGCAUCAACGGCAUGGGGGGCAACCACGAGCCCUGCGACAUCCUGCAGCAGAGCCUCGCCGAGGCCAACAUCACGGAGCAGAGCCUGCAGGAGGCGGAGGCCGAGCUGGACCUGGGCUCCUUCGGGAUCCCGGGCCUCACGCAGGUAGUCCAGACACUCCCCGACGGCGGCCUGUCCGGCGCCGCCGCCGUCGCCGUGGGCAUAGGCGCCCCUCCGAAUGCGGCGGCGGCGGCGGACAUGCUGGGCUCGGUGCUGGCCCACCAGGGGCUGCACCUCCAGCCCCAGGUCAUGAACAAAGCCAUUAGCGUCCAGCCCUUCAUGCAGCCCGUGGGCCUGGGCAACGUCACCCUUCAGCCCAUCCCGAGCCUCCAGGGGCUCCCCAACGGGAGCCAGUCGGGUCAUUUGGGGCUCGGACAGAUUCAGGUUGUGGGCCAGCCCACCGUCAUGACUAUCAAUCAGGCCGGGCAGCCCGUCCUGGCCAAGGCCAUGGGCAGCUACCAGCUGCACCAGCCCGGGCCGGAGGUGUCGGGAGCGGGGCCGCAGGCAGGGCUCGGCGGCCCUGUUCUGAGCUCCGGCGGCGGACUUCUUAUCCAAGGCGGCAAGGCCGCCCUCGGGUCCCCGGCGCUCAACGGGCCGGCGGUGUGCGCCGGCAACACCGGUAGCAGCAACAGCGGCGCCAUGACGGCUCCCGCCGGGCUGAUGGGCUACGCCGGCGCCGGGAUGGAAACACAGACUCAAGGCCAGAUCAUGCAGAACGUGAUCAUCCAGCGCACGCCCACGCCCAUCCAGCCGAAACCGCCGCAGGGCGGCGCCUUCCAGCCCAAGGGCUUCAAACCGCAGCCCCAGGCGGCGCCGCACACCCUGCAGGGCGACCCCGCCAAGGCCCUGGGGCUGCAGCAGCUCCCCGUGUCGGGGGCCCAGAACGUCACCUUCCUGACGGGCAAGCCGGGCUCCAACAUGGUGCUGAGCGCGCAGGGGCCCUCGCAGGGCCAGCAGUUCCAGCAGGUGUUCAAGCAGCAGCCGGGCCAGCCUUCGGGCAAGCCCCUCAGCGUGCACCUGCUGAACCAGCAGGGCAGCAUCGUCAUCCCCUCCCAGUCCAUGCUCCAGGGCCAGAACCACCAGCUGCUCCAGCUGCAGGCCGGGGGCCAGAUCUUCACCCAGCACCCCGGGGGCCACAUCAUAACGAGCCAGGGGCCGGGGGGCCACCUCAUCACCAACCAGAUCCUGGCGGCCAACCAGAACAUUAACCUGAGCCAGGUGUUCUCGGGGCCCAUCCAGCUGCAGUCGGGGCAGAUGGGCCAGCCCACGCUCUUUCAGAUGCCCGUCUCCCUGGCCCAGAGCGCCGGCCACACCCAGAGCCACCCCGUCGCCGCCCACAACCAGACGGUCAUCCAGGGCAUGCCCCUCCAGAACUCCCUGACCAUGCUGGGCCAGGUGGAGGGGCUGAGCCCGGCGGUCAGCCUCCAGCCGGCCCUCCAGCCCCCGGCGGGCGGGGUCCCUUGCGGCGCGGGGGGCCUGGCCCUGGCGGGGGACUGCAUCACGGCGCUGGGGGGCGCCACGGAGCAGGUGGGCCACCCGCAGCAGCAGCAGCAGCCCGUCCCCCAGCAGUCGUCCGUCCUCACCAUGCAGUCGGCCGUCUCCAUCCCCUGCUCCUCUCCGUCCAUGUCGGUGACCACGGCGACGGUGCCCGCGGUGGGCCUGGCGGCGGCGGCCCAGCACAGCCCCGGGCGCGUCCUGUACACCAACCAGGGCGCCAGCAUGAUCCUGAGCCAGGAGUCGCUGCAGAUGCUCCUCCAGCAGGAGCAGCAGCAGCACCAGUCAGAGAAUGGCUCCGCCCCCUCAGUGGGCGUGCCGGCGUCUGUAAUCGUCAGCAGCAACAGCCACCCUGGCCUGGCCCACUCAGUCCAUGACAGCCAAUUAGCUGAGUCUGAGGUGGCCCACAGUCCUGGCCCCUCCCCUGGCCCCUCCCGCAUGGUGGUAAAGCAGGUUCCCUCCAGCGGACAUCAGCAGCCCCUGAAGCUCCAGAGCAUGUCGCCCUCGCCGGUGCUCACCGCCCACGUGCCGGCGGCGCCCCGGGCCGACAGCCCCCAGCCCUCGCCGUCCCCCCUAGCCCUCGGCCAGCACGUCCACUCCCCGCACCACCAACAGCAGCAGCAGUCUCGCCCCCCGUCCCAACCCCAGCCCCAGUCCCAGACGCCCUCACGCUCCUGCACGCCCUCCUCCCACCAGCCCCUCUACAUUGUCCACAACCAGAUCCCGGGGUCCCCACAGCAGCAGCAGCAGCAGCAGCAGCAGCAGCAGCAGCAGCAGCAGCAGCAGCAACAACAGCAGCAACAACAACAGCUGCAACAACAGCAGCUACAGCUACAGCUGCAACAACUACAGGCCCAACAGCCUCAACCGCAGCAGACUCAUAUUCAAAUCCAGCUGCAGGCUCCGCCCCGGCCUCCGUCCCAGCCCUCCCCCUUCCAACAGGAGAGGCCCCCGCUCUCCCACUCCCCCAAGGCCCCCACGGCGCCCCCCGCCCUCCAGCACCAGUUUGUGAGCUCGGUGAUGAGCGGACCCACCACGCCCAUGGUGCUCACGGCCCCGCUGAGCGCGGAACAGCAGCACCACCUGCAGCUGGUGGCGGCCCAGAUCCAGACGCUGUCCACCAUCUCCCAGCCCUCCCCGCAGCAGAAGCAGCUGCUGGACAAGUUGCACCAGGUCCAGCAGAGUAUCCUGAUCCAGGCCAAGCAGUCCGCCUCCCUCCAGCCCGCCCCUCAGCCCCAAAGCCUGGCCCCAGCUCAUUUCAUCUCCCAGCAGGACCCGUCCGCUGAGACGGUGAUGCUGUCGUCAUCGGGCCCUGUGGGCCCCCCAGCCCCACCGGGGGCCCCCUUGCUGCAACCGAAAUCUGUGCUCGUCAAAACUCCAGUACUCCCAGGCCCGGUUGGGGCGGUACUCCCACCAUCCAUGGCCCAAGCCGGCCUCACCCCGCCGCCUGCACAGGUCCAGACCACGCCCGGGGUGAUCAGCGCCGUGGGAGGCGCGGGGGUCACCUUGGGGGGGAUGAAGCUCCAGAUGCUGGCCCAAAUGCCUAGCCUCCAGUCCCCUAUCCCCGUCCACACACAGAUCCCUACAGUGAAGAUGCCUUUCAGUGCGGAGCCCAGUAAAGAGGCCAGGAUGCUGGAGCAGCUGAGGAAGCAGCAGGGCUCGGUGCUCCACCCCAACUACAGCGUCCCCUUCAACUCCUUCGACGACACACUGCAGCGACUGCUGCCCUACCACCUCUACCAGGGCACGGCGAACUCCAGCCAGGACUACAAGAGAGUGGACGAUGAGUUUGAGAGCGUGUCCUGUCAGCUACUGAAGCGAACGCAGGCUAUGCUGGACAAAUACCGCCACCUGCUCUUCGCUGAGUCCAAGCAGAGGAUGGGCCCGUCGGCGGAGAUGGUGAUGAUCGACCGGAUGUUCAUCCAGGAGGAGAAGUUCACUCUGGGCCAGGACCGGGUGCUGGCCAAGGAGAGACCAGAGGAGUUUGUGGCGAACGCCCGCAUGUUGGAGAGCGCGGCGGCUACGUCGCGGCUACACCCCAGCCCGAGCCCGGCCAGGGGUCUCGCGUCAGAGACCACGCCCCCUGCACCGCCUCCUGUGGCCCCGCCCCCUGCCGCCCACCCCCCUGUGGUUCCCAAAGCCGUCCCUCUGCCCGCUCCGGCUGCGCCCGUAGCCCCCGCGCCCGCCCCGCCCGCCUCCCACUCUCCCUUCCCCUCCACCAAGCUGGUGAUCAAGCAGGGCGGGGGGUCCGCGUCCGUGUCCUGGGCCAGCAGCAGUGCCCCCCCUCCGCCUCCGCCACCGCCGGCCCCCCUGACCGCUGCCGCCGCCCCGGCGGCACCGAGGCCAGCGGCGCCGCCGGCCAAUCAGAGCUCUUCGUUCGGCCGGGCCCCGCCCUCGUCGUCCUUCCGGUCGCGGCCGGCGGAGGACGAGGACGCGCUGCCCCAGAGGACCAGCAAGCCGCCCAUCAAGACGUACGAGGCGCGCAGCCGCAUCGGCCUCAAGCUCAAGAUCAAGCAGGACCAGACGGGCUUCCGCAAGGUGGUCCACAACACGGCGCUGGACCCGGUCCACACGCCCCCCCAGCAGAGGACCCAGCCCCAGGCCCCGCCCCGGACUGUCCCCCCGCCCCCGCCCCACCCCACGCCCCAGCCGCAGCCCGGCCCCCAGCCCCCGCCCCCGCCCAACCCCCAUAUAAAGAGUGCCACGCCUCCCCCCAAGCCCCGCCCAGAACCCGCCGUCCCCCCCACUGUCCCCCCCACCGUCAUCAGGACUCAGUCCCAAGCGUGCCCCGCUCCCUCGGCGCCGUCGGUCGCCACGGUGACCACCGCCCAGUCCAACCCGCCCCCGAGGGCCUCGGCCCCCUCUAGCACAGCGACUCCCCCCCCUCCUCCUCCUCCUCCUCCUCCGCCUUCGUCCUCUUCCUCUUCCUCCUCCUCGUCCCACACCCGGUUGCCGUGCCCGCCCCCUCCCUCCUCCUCCUCCUCCUCCUCCUCCUCUUCCUCCUCCACCACGCAGAUGAACGGAACGCUGGAGCACCACGAGGUGGGCGGCGUCAAGCGCAACCCCACGCCCCCGGCCCCGGCCCCGGCCCCCCAGGCCACCACCUGCCGCCUGCCGCUGCGGAAGACGUACCGGGAGAACGUGAGCCCCCGGGUGCGGCCGGGCGUGCCGGGGGGCGGGGACGACAGCCUGCCCUACCCCCGCCCCGAGCUCUCGCCGCCCCCGCUCCGACCGGAGCCCUCCCCCUUGCCCCUUGCCCCGGCCCCCCCGGCCCCCCCGCCGCCACCGCCGCCGCCGGUGGUGGUGGCGGCGGCGCCGGAGCGCACGGUCAUCGCCAGCGUCAAGGUGGAGAAGAGGAGCCGGGAGGAGGGGAAGCUGGAGAAGAGGAGCAGGGAGGAGGGGAAGAGGAGCAGGGAGGAGGGGCCCCCCGGCCGGCUGGAGCAGGUGGAGGAGGCGUUCGGCCGCAGCGUCAAGACGACGCAACAGCAGCCAACCCACCCCCACCUGCCCCAGCUGCCCGUCCGGGGGGGGGAGGAGCCGCGGCAGCCGGUGGCGGAGGCGGGGGCCACGCCGGACCACCCGGGCGCCAUCACUCAUUACAAGCGGGCGAGCGGCAAGAGCCAGCGGCCGCGGCCGGGCGCCGUGUACCGCGUGGACCAGCACGCCCCGGGCCCGCCCUCCCCGGACGCCUCCCCCGCGCGGGACCCCUCCUCGCUGCCGGCCAAGCGCUGCAAGUCGGACUCCCCCGACAUGGACAACGCCAGCUUCUCCAGCGGCAGUCCCCCCGACGACACGCUCACGGAGCACCUGCAGUGCGCCAUCGACAGCAUCCUCAACCUGCAGCAGGGGCCCUCCGCCCGCCACCUCAAGGGGGGCGGGAGGCCCCGGCAGCACCCCAACCCGCUCCCCGGGGCCCCCUCCCACAGAGCCCCGGCCCAGCCCCCUUCCUCCUCCUCGUCGUCCUCCUCCUCGUCAGCCUCCACGCCCGCCUUGGUGGCCCCUCGGCCGCCCAUGCCCAUCCCGGGACGGGGCCACAACGGGAGCCUGGUCCCCCAGAACCACAGCAGAUAACAGUGUCCCCCCCCCCCCCCCUCCUCCUCAUCCUUCCUCCCCCCCCCAAAGGGCCGCGGGCCCCUGGAAGGACUUACACGGGGGGGGGGGGGCGACGGAGAGCGAGGUGCGUCGAGAGAGAGACAUAGACUCUGAGGGCGGACGGGGGCCUGGGCGCGGCCUCACUGUUACUUCACUGUUUUCUGCCCAGCUGUGUUGACUUUGUCAGUCCAUUUGAAUCGCACCAGAAAUGUCUUUUGUUUACCGGCUGGCACGCACGCCUGACAACGACAGGAGGUCCGGAUUGGGAAGAGGACGGUCACGCAGCCAAUCGGCCGCGUCGGAUUCACGACCGUGUCCGUCGGGUCCGGGUGUAUGCGUGUGUCCAUCCGAAACGAUGGUCGAAUUACAACGCGGAAUCGUCGCUGAUGUCGUCCAUUACUUCGUUUCAUUUUUUUUCAGCCUCCCAUUUGUGCUCUUUUUCACAAGCCCCUCAUUCAAACAUUCCCCUCACACUGUGGCCUGCACACAACUGCACAAACACACGGAUCGACAACGCAAAUAAACACAACACAUGAUCAAUUGUCUCUGGGUUUCCUUAUCAGUGCCUGUCAGGACCCCAAAACAGCACGGGGGUCUCCCUACAUCUCUCUCUUCAAUGCCUAGAGCAACACGAUGCCUAAUGCAUAACCUUCUGUCUGUCUGUACACAAACACUGCCCAACCAAGACAACACAGCUGUUCUCAGUGUCCUUUUGUUCCACUGUGGCUGAAAUGGAUGUCCCAUCUACAUAAAAUACACUUCUUGUGGUUUGCAUUCAAUUCCUGUUUAGUCUACUUUAUGUUUUUGCAGUCGUGCACCCGAUGGAAGGAAAGACAUCCCGUUACUAUGAAUUCUCCUUUCAUACUCGUACUACUCUCGUCUGUGUUUACCCACUCUUUUUGGUUUUCCCCGCUCUUUGGUCGGUUUCCCACAAAUCGAUUGAUCCUUUGUUUAGUUUGGUACCACAUCUGCUCCUCACUCUGGUCAUUACUUUAGGUCGGUCUCUUUCAUUCGAGGCCGCUUGUCUCACGGUUUACAUCGUAGUCGGUCCUGGGAGUUGUAGUUCUGUAACAAGGAGAUGUAAAUGAACAUGUAACAAGGAGAUUUGAUUUAUGUUUAGAGAAAAAAAAGGAACCCUGGUUCAUGUUUUAGACCCACCGCCGCCAUGCCUAACCCAACCCUGACCCCCUUCUGCAUCAAAAUGCCCUGACAUGUUCUACGUUUUGGUCAGUAGGGGGCAGGCCUGUCUUCCUAUAUCCCCUCCCACCCCCCUCUGUUGUGUUUUAAGGACUGAUCCCCAUGGUUACGUUCUGUCACUGUCUGCCUCCUCCAUGGCACUGUUAUCAUUUAGUUUCCCUUCUCAUCCUGGUGAGCAGUGACUCACAACACACCACACCGCAGAUGCGUUGACAUGAAGACAAAAAAGGAAACAAUAAUGUACAAAAUAAGACCGUAAGAGAAUUUGAAGUAUAGUAUUACAGAUUAAUUUUGUAUUGUAUUUAUUGUGUAUAAUGACACUUUUUAAAAAGAAAUGUACAUUUAGUAAACUUGUAAAUUAAACCCUUGCUUCUUUUAUGAACUUC